AUGCCAUCUUACGCCAUAGUCGGAGCCUCCCGAGGCAUCGGGCUUGAAUAUGUUCGACAGCUGGCGGGAAGGCCUGACACCGUUGUCUUCCCCAUCGUCCGUAACUCGGUUUCCUCAACGUAUCUCCAAAGUUUUGUCUCAGAGAAUACGAACGUUCACAUCUUAGAGGCAGACGUCGGAGACGCUGCAAACGCGCUUUCUGAGAUCACAGGGGGGUCUCUGGACUGUCUCAUCCACAAUGCAGCCCGAGUGGACCCGGACGCCGUCUUCAAGGGAUACGACGCGUACGAAACCGUCGCCGAGAUGGACGACGACCUCAUCGUCUCCUUCAAGAUCAACGCCCUCGGGUUCAUCCACGCCGUCAAGGCCUUCCUGCCCCUCAUUCGGGCCGCCUCUUCAGGCGGGAAGACAAUCGUGUCGAUCAACAGCGCCGGUGCCGCGCCCAACUUCAUCCGCGGCGUCGGGAUCGGACACAUGGUCGGGUACGGGAUGUCCAAGGCCGCGCUGCUCGUCGCGACGACCAAGUGGGCCGUCGACCUCGCGCCUGAGCACUUCACGGUCGUGUCGCUCAGCCCCGGGCUGGUCGACAUCUCCGAGACGGCCGGCGAUUCGGAGGAGGCUUCGAAGUUCGUCCGAGAGGAAGGGGAGAAGUACGUCCAGGCCGGGUUCCCGGACAUGGGCGCGCAGACGGUCGAGCAGUCCGUCGCCGCCCAGCUGAAGGUCAUCGACGGGCUGUCGGUGGAGGACACCGGAAAGUUCUUCGCGCACACCGGAAACGAGUUCCAGAUGUAG